AGCGUAAGUAAGUAAGUAAGUACACAGAUAAAAAAUAAGGAGACUUGUAAAAUGAUAUCAAUGUCCUUGUUGAAUAAUUCAUUUAGUUUUAAGUAUAAACUAUAUUGAGAUUGGUCAACAAUCAACCAAUCAUAAUCAAGAGAUAGUCAUGUGUAUGUUGUGGCUAGAAAUGAUCAUUUGAAUUCAGCACAGAAAUCUUAAAUUAUUUCAGUACAUACCAGACAAUAUGUUGUAGAGAUGCACGUUUCAAUAUGUAUUAACUAAUCGAUCGAACAUCUAGUUGUUCUGCAACAUAGUACUUACGUUUACCGAUAUCAAUGCCAAUCAACAAGAAAAAUUAGGGGAUUCCUACGGAUUAUCUCUAAAUAUUGAACACAGAAACAAAUCGGCAAUUCGAUUUCAACAAAUUGAAUUCAGUUAGCACUAAUGACAAGACAACAUGACAUUGGUUGCUAAGUCGUUUUGGUCUAUAGAUUAGUGAACCAGAAAAGCAAACAUAUUUUCGACCGGAACCUAUGUGAAAGUAUAUCUUAUUUCCCCCAAUAAUAUUUAGUAUUUGUAAAUCAAUUUCAACUAUAAAGUUAUCAUACCGAAAGGGACUACAUAAUCUGAAAAUAAUUUCCCAAAUAUCCAUACAGACUUCAUGGUAUAUUGUCCAAUACAAUAUAUGAGAAGGAAAACACGUGGUCAAAUUUGUCAAGAUGAAAAACUAAUGACUCUGGGGCCCUAAAAUUUUGCAUAUAUGAUUGCUCCAACUUCACCUGGGAUAUUUAUACAAAUUACAAGUGAUUCAUUAUCAACAAAUUAUACUACUGAAAUUGUGACACAUCGUAUAACUAGUUCAGACCCUAUAAUUACCACCAAGACUUUUCAUCCUCAACGCCAUCAUCAUCAUCGUCGUCGUCGUCCACGUCAUGGUCACAGAGAAAUGAGAUUGAGAAAAGUGAAGUCCUUGAAAACCAUCAAAUUGAAGCAACAAGUACAUUCGAGGUUAAAUAGGAAAACUAGAGGAAAAAAUGAUGUUUCUACAAAAAAAAUUUUUCCUCCAUUAUAUCUUAAUAGUUCAUUUUGUUUAAAUCAGUCCUAUUUUUAUAUUGAUAAUAAAAAAUAUGUCAAAUCAAAAAGAUAUCGACAAAUUAUAAAUUUAACUAAUGCAUUAUCACUAUUUAAUCAAAGUCAAUGGUUGAAAAUAAAGCCAACUAUAUGUCAAUCUGCUAAAACAAAUCUGUUAAUUAUUACAUUCUCUCCAAUUGUAGAUAAUUUAACUCGAUAUAAAAUUCGUCAAACAUGGGGUUCAGUUAAAUAUAUUUUAAGUGAAACUACUACUAAUAAACAAUAUUUCAAUGGAUUAAAUAGUAUAGAACAUUUAUUCAUUGUCAAUGCGAGUAAACGACAUUUUAAACAAAAUUCAAUCAAAGUUCAAUAUCUUUUAAAAGAAGCACAAAAUGAGAAAGAUAUUUUACCCCUAUUUUUAACUGGUUUACAGCAUAAUUAUGCUUCUUUACAUAUUUUAGCUAGUGAAUUCUUAUUACAUUAUUGUAAAAAUUCUAUAGAUUUUGUUUUAUUCAUUAAUCAUGAUUUAUUUCCAAAUUUAAAUGCUUUAAUUCAAUAUACAAAUUCAAAAUUAUCACAAUUAUCUUCGAAUACAUUAAAACAAAAUAAUCAUCAUAAUAAUCCAUCUAUAUAUUGUAUCCCAAUUAUACAAAAACGUGUUGAAUUCAAUAAUCUAUUUAAAGAUUAUUUCAAAGAUCAUUUACCAUUAUGGCAAGGAAAUAUUUAUCCAACACAUUGUGAUAUUAAAACUAGCGGUUUCCUUUUAUUAUUUAAAACAAUGAAACAAUGGUAUGCAUGUUCUCGUUUAUAUAUACCAUUUAAUCCUAUACAAGUUUAUUUAACUGGUCUUGUAAGAUAUGUAGCUAAAAUUAAUAUUGAAAGUUAUUGGACAAAUUAUUGGUCAAUUGGCAAUCUUUUACCAAGUGUAUCUUUUAAUAAGAAGAGUAAAAAAUAUUUAUUUUUUCAAAAAUCUGUUAAUCAAAAUAGUCGAGUAUGGAAAAGUGUAUUUCGAGCAACAUUGAGUUCAUAAUACCAUAUAUAUAUUUAUACUUUUUCUGAAUCCUACUUUUGUUUGGAUUGAGCAGAAAUACAUGAAUUCAAAUUAAUGAGUCAUUUGAAAUAAAUAUAUAGAUGAAAUUUAUUACUUACUUGCUUAAACAUGCCACCCUUAUUGAUGCAUAGGCUAACAACUAGAGAUCUCUAACCAAAAUUGUGCUGAGUUCUUAAUUUAGUUGUUGUCGUGUGUUAUCCUUUUCCGUGAUGUCUGCCCCCAGCUUCCGUUACCAUGCCUUUUUCUGACUGCCUGUUUUAUUUUUGCCUUGAAGAUUCAAAGUUAGGGUUUGCCAUGUGAUCCAUUUUGAUGAUUUCUGUAAUUUGUGCACUAUCCACCUUUAGAGUCUUUUCCUAAUUUCUUGCUUAAUUUGCAACUAAUUUGUUCUCUGACAGUAACUUACACCUGAUGAUCUCUAACUAGUAGAUAUGGAGUAUUUUGUGUCGACGGUUAUUUAUAAAUACUUGUACUUUUGGCGAUGAUUUAGUUAGUUCUUCAGCUUUUAACUCCAUGCAAUGGACCUGCUUUAAUGUUUGAGUUAAAAAUUCGUGACGUUUUGUCUUGAGUGACACUUCUUAAGUCCCAGAUUUUUAUUCAGUAGUAGGCAUGUCCCCCUUGUAUUACCAGUCCAUGCUUUUAAAUCUGCACGUGAUCCUUCUUGUUUAGAGCUGAUUUUGUCCAUUUAUGUAAAGGCUUUCACCUCUUCCAGGGUUUUACCACCAAGCGUAAUUUGAUUUGUACCCACUUUAUUGUGCAUUAGGAUCUUACAUUUUUGUUUUUGAAUGUUAAAGUCCAUAUCUGAUAACGAAGCCGCUCCUACUUUGGCAGCCUUUGUCUGCAUUUGUUGCUGUUUGUGUGACAGGAUAGCUGAGUUAUCUCAAAAACCCAAAUUUUUCGAGUACAUCUAUAGUGCUCACCAUAUUCCUUACGUUUUCUGAGAUGUCGCGAUCAUCAUCCAUCCGAAAGCUAGCAAAAAGAUAAAAGACUCAUUAAUUGGAUGUAACUGGAUUUUAAUAUUGAUGAGGUUCAGUGCAAUUAGCGCUGUGUUCCAAUUUCAUUUGAGGCAACAAUAGUGAGACGCAAGUAAAUUCAACGGACAAAUUGGAAAAUAUAAGUAUCACAGAUUCCAUUGAUAACCACUUUCCAACUAAUUAAUGAAAAGACAAUUUGUCGACAAUCCUUCAAGAUAGUACAAUCUCCACAAACCUCCAUUCUGAUAAUAAUAAUAAUCAUGUGCUCACUAAUGACUAACUUAAAGAUGUAUUUCGUGGAGUUCUUGCGAGAAGCCGUUAUCAGUGCAGUUCAAUCGUGUCUGUUGUGAGGCAGUUACUCUCCAAAGACAAUGGUGGACGAUCGCCGAUUAUGGUGGAUUGGUUGAAGUUAGACAUU